GCCCCGCUGUCCUCCCUCCUCCCCGCCCUCAGCCCCUCCCCUGGCGCCCGCGCUGCCUGGGAGCCGGGAAAGCCGCGGCCCCGCUGCUUGGAGCUCGCAGCUCGGACCUGCACCCAGGAGGGGGCGGUAGGAGCGCGGGGACCACAGCCCCUGUGGUGAGGCGCCGGGGGCCUUAUUUUUCGCACAGACGGAGAAGGCUGAGCGAGACUGCGCGUGAGUGGGAGGGCUGCAAGCGUGCUCAGCGCGGACCCCGCCAGCCCCGACCCAGGUCGCCGCAGACCGGGAGCACCCCACCUCACGCCCCAAAGCACGCGCGGCACAGCUAUGAACACCAGCGAUGCCAAAGAGUAUCUGACCCGGAGGGAAAUCCCUCAGCUUUUCGAGAGCCUUUUGAAUGGACUGAUGUGUUCUAAGCCCGAAGACCCAGUAGAGUACUUGGAAAGUUGUUUACAGAAAGUCAAGGAACUAGGCGGCUGUGACAAGGUGAAAUGGGAUACAUUUGUCAGCCAGGAAAAGAAGACCUUACCUCCACUCAAUGGAGGACAGUCAAGGAGAUCCUUUCUAAGAAAUGUGAUGCCUGAAAAUUCAAACUUUCCUUAUCGGCGGUAUGAUCGGCUCCCUCCAAUCCAUCAAUUCUCCAUAGAAAGUGACACGGAUCUCUCUGAGACUGCAGAGUUAAUUGAGGAAUAUGAGGUCUUUGAUCCUACUAGACCUCGUCCAAAAAUUAUUCUCGUCAUAGGUGGCCCAGGAAGUGGAAAGGGUACUCAAAGUUUAAAAAUUGCAGAACGUUAUGGAUUCCAGUACAUUUCAGUGGGAGAAUUAUUAAGAAAGAAGAUCCACAGUACCAGCAGCAAUAGGAAAUGGAGUCUUAUCGCCAAAAUAAUUACAACCGGAGAAUUGGCCCCACAGGAAACAACAAUUACAGAAAUAAAACAGAAAUUGAUGCAAAUGCCUGACGAAGAGGGCAUUGUUAUUGAUGGAUUUCCAAGAGAUGUUGCUCAGGCUCUAUCUUUUGAGGACCAAAUCUGUACCCCUGACCUGGUGGUAUUCCUAGCUUGUGCCAGUCAGAGACUCAAAGAAAGAUUGCUGAAGCGUGCAGAGCAACAGGGGAGGCCUGACGACAAUGUGAAAGCUACCCAGAGGAGACUGAUAAACUUCAAACAGAACGCUGCUCCGUUGGUUAAAUACUUCCAGGAAAAGGGGCUCAUCAAGACAUUUGAUGCAGACCGAGAUGAGGAUGAGGUGUUCUAUGACAUCAGUGUGGCAGUUGACAACAAGUUAUUUCCUAACAAAGAGGCUGAGGCAGGUUCAGUUGACCUUGAUCCAUCCAUGAUGUUGGACACUGGAGAGAUCAUUGAUACAGGAUCUGAUUAUGAAGAUCAGGAUGAUGACCAGUUAAAUGUAUUUGGAGAGGACACUAUGGGAGGCUUUAUGGAAGAUUUAAGGAACUGUAAAAUUAUUUUCAUGAUUGGUGGCCCUGGUUCUGGCAAAGGCACACAGUGUGCAAAGCUGGUGGAAAAAUAUGGAUUUACACAUCUUUCGACUGGUGAGCUUCUGCGUAAUGAGCUGUCAUCAGAAUCUGAAAGAAGCAAAUUGAUCAGAGACAUCAUGGAACGAGGAGAGCUGGUACCCACGGGCAUCGUGCUGGCGCUCCUGAAGGAAGCCAUGGCAGCCAGCCUCGGUGACACCAAGGGCUUCCUGAUUGACGGCUAUCCCCGGGAAGUGAAGCAAGGGGAAGAGUUCGGACGCAGGAUUGGAGACCCGCACUUGGUGAUUUGCAUGGACUGCUCAGCAGACACCAUGACCAACCGCCUUCUCCAGCGAAGCCAGAGCAGCCCGCGCGUGGAUGACAACACCAAGACCAUCCCGAAGCAUCUCGAAACCUACUACCGCGCAUCCAUCCCCGUGAUUGCCUACUAUGAGACGAAAACACAGCUACGCAAGAUAAACGCAGAGGGAACACCUGAGGAAGUUUUUCUUCAAGUCUGCACAGCAAUUGACUCUAUUUUCUGAAGGCAAAGAUGCAUGUAUGUUAAAGAGAAUGGAGACAGAGAAACAUAUUAAAGGUUCAUCCUUAAUGCAGUAUGUUUCAAGUUAAACCUUUUGUGUCCUCUCAAAUCCUAACAUUGCUGUUUGCUUCCCAGCUUGAGCUGAGAGGUGUCUGGAAAUCAUGCAUGGUGUAUUUGUAUUAUCAAACCUUUUCUUCAUAAUUCAGACAGCUGUCUGCACUCACAGCACGCUCACUUUUCUAUCAUGCAAUUCGCUGAGAGCUAAGUAGCAUGUGAACAGCAGUGCAGUGCCAGUCUGUGUCAGUUGUGCCCCCAGGACAUGCUGGAGUCUGAGCAUCUGGUUCUACUCUCAUCCAACAGAGUUAGCAUCUCUAACUCUUCCAUCACAUCUUCCUCCCUCUCCCCAAGAUUUAUAUGCUGUUCUCAGAUGAAGGCCCUUAGUGGGGGGAGGGGCAGGUAGGCCUGAGCAUCUUCGGCCGGCGGCUGUUUCCUCAACUCUCAUCCACUAGUGGCUCAGAGCCAGUGAGGGUGGGCUGAGUACACCUUAUAGAUGCAUCAAACAAGUACAUUAUGAUAGGAAAAAAAUGUUAGACUGUAUAGCUUUUGCAAGACAGCAAAAACCAGACUAGUCAUCAAUAUCUCUCUCUUCAUUUUUAGGAAACUGGUUACUUGGAAUAUUGUCAUAAUGGCUAAGAGAACAAAUUGGACAAAUUGUAUGACCUAGUAUCUUCUAUAUAUGGUGGUGCAUUUCAGCAAUUACAAAUUUAUACAAACAGCCAAAAAUAAUUUAAAAGCAUGAGAUGAUUCACAUUUAUUGGACAUUAGACAAAUUUCAACUUUUGAUUUUAAAUGAUCACCUUAUCUUUUAUUGCUUUCAUUUACUUAUUAUCACUGCCAAACAAGUAAAAAAAAUUCGGUAGUAAUAACAAAGCUGAUGUAUGUGAGAGGGGCAUGUCAGUUAGUGGUCUUUAGCUGAUUCCAGUGUUGUAUUUGUUUCAUACAAACCCUCUCCCAAUUAUUGCAAACCUUAUCAUACCCGUAUGUAAAACUGUUUCCUUGCAUCAAGCCAGUGAAGUUUGGGUUUUCUUUUGUGCUAUUGGUUGUGAAAACAGAGCUUAUUAUACUAAUGGAAUAACUGCAUAUUCCACUCAGUCACUACAAAAGGCCACAGUUUGUUUGCAUGAUUUUUUUUUUUUU